AAGAAUACAAGUAGACAAAGGACAAAGCAAAAGUUGUCCUUUCCACUUUGUAGUGACAGUCAGUACCUUUUUUUCAGUCUUCAAAACUAGUCUUCCGAGGUAAGCAAAGGGGGGGAAAAAUGGGAAUAUGGGACUUCAUAGAUUCCGGCAAAGAAACGGUGAAACGAUACACACCUGAUUUAGUAACUCCGGUGACGAAAGUAUGCAAAGCUUCUUAUUAUUACAGCACAACCGCCGUUAAAAAGAUGGAUAACGUCGUUAGAGUUAACGGCCUGCAAAAGCUGGGUCAGUACAUGUCUGAUGAUGAAGGCAGGGCUAAGAUGGUCAAUUUUAGUACAAAGUUCGUUAAAAAUGCUUCCAUUUAUGCCGCUAAAGAAGCUGCCAACAUCUUCAUUCCUGGUGGAAGGGCAGUCUCCAAAAUUUACUCUGAAACAAUCCGUGAAAUGGAGAUUGAGUCUAAAAAGAAUCAAGACACGUCGUGCAUCAAGGACAUAAUUGGCAAUUCAAGAAAGGAUACCACUAAUGCUGGUCCUCCGGGAUUGGUCGAUGGGCCAGAGAUGCUGGAAAGCAAAGAGCUUAAGCUGGGUUCUCAAAAUAGAGUUCAGGUUGAUUCAUUUACACAGCAAACACCAGAAGACGUCCUAAGAGUCUUCAUGAUGAAGGAAUUUAUGGGCACUCAUUUUCUCGACAGUUUGCUGGUUCCUAAUCAUGGACAACGGAAGAAAGUUAAUUGACAUGUCUCUGGCCAUCUCAUGUAUGUUUGUCUUACUGGAUUGUUGGUAGUGUAUGCUUGAAAGUAGAUCUAAGUUACCUCUUUGUCUUGUUUCCUUUGAAAGUCGCAUGACGGAAAACAAACUUUAUAUGUAUAUCGUCUAUGCGACAGAAAUUUCAACUCCAGUAUCGCUUGUAAUUAUUAGAUCUAAGUUAUCUCUUUAGUUUGUUUCCUUUGAAGUUACCUCUUUGUUGGUUCCUGAUCAUCGACAAUGGGAGAAAGUGUAAUUGAUUCUAGUAUGUAGCUGGACAUCUCAUAUAUGACAGUAGUAUUACUUGAUGGA